AUGAUUCAUUUGCCUAUUCAUUUGGCUAAUGAAGUGAGAUUGGGAGGUCCAGUUCAAUUUCGGUGGAUGUAUCCUCCCGAAAGAUACAUGUGUACUUUGAAGUCCUAUGUUCGAAACAAAAGUCGUCCUGAAGGAUCUAUUGCAGAGGCAUAUUUGAUUGAAGAAUGUUUGACAUUUUGCUCGCGUUACUUACAUUCUGGUGUCCAAACAAAAUUGAAUAGACAACCCAGAAAUAAUGAUGAACCUAAUAAUUCUAUGAUGGAAACUACAGAUGCAUUUUCGAAUCUAUUUCCAAAAAGAGGUGUUCCUUUGGGUGCAAAGAAAGGUGAACCUUUUCUCCUUGACGACAAGUCCCGAGAGCAAGUUCAUAGCUACAUAUUAUUGAAUUGUCACAAAAUAGACGACUAUGUUAGUGAGCAUGAGACUUAUCAACAAGGAACACGAUGGAUGAGAGCUAAAAACCAUAGCAAAAAUUUUUCUACAUGGUUUAAAACACGUGCUUUGCGGCAUGAUGUUCCAAAUUGGAUAAAAGAGCUCUCUAGAGGACCAACCCAAUGUGCAAAAAGAUAUUCUGGUUAUUUUAUCAACGGAUAUAGAUUUCACACUAGGCAACGUGAGGUAAGACGCAAGACACAAAAUAGUGGUGUUACUUUAGUAGCAUUAACGACAAGCUUUGCAAGCACAAAGGAUGCAAAUCCAAUUCAUGAAAACGUUUCUUAUUAUGGUAGAGUGAAUGAUAUCAUUGAGUUGGACUACUAUGGAAAUUUUAAGGUUACAUUGUUCAAAUGUGAUUGGUAUGAGGCUAGGGAGGAUGCUUAUGGCUCGACAUAUGUGCAUUUUAACAAAAAAUGCUAUCAGGAAGAGCCUUUUGUAUUGGCAUGUCAAGUGCACCAAUGCUUCUAUGUGCAAGAUGCAUUUAAUAAAAAUAAACAUUAUGUAAUGAAGACUGUUCCAAGGGACCUAUUUAGCAUAAGUGAUCAAGUCGCCAUUGAUGCUGAAGAUACUUAUGAAAAUGAGCCAUUUGAUAAUUCGACGGUUCCUUCUAUACCUAAUGAUGAUGGUGAAGUAGACUUGGUAAGGAAUGAUUUGAAUGAAGUUCUGGUCGAUGUCGCAAAAGAAGUCUAUUUUUCCCAAGAGUAUAACACAGGAUUGGAUGAAGAAUAUGAUUCUGAAGACUUUUGA